AUGAACAAUUUAAUGUACAACACUGACACUACUAAUACUCAACAACAAGUUAAAUCCGAACUGUACACAUUUGGUGUCCCGUUAAUGAAAUCGGUGUACAACAUGAACUAUCCAGAACCAGAUCAAAAGCAAUUCCAGCAACCAGGUCAGCCUGGCCAUAUGACACAGCAACAGCAGCAACAACAAGCUGCAGCUGCAGCUGUCGUCCAACAACAACAAGGCGCUAAUGGCUAUGGCUAUGAAACGAGAUACUACCCUUCUCCUGUCAUCAUGCAGCAGCCAUUCCAGUCUGCAGCUGCCCUUCCUCCCCAACCUCAAUGGGUCGAAACAUAUGCACCUGUCAACAACUAUCUUUUAAUUCCAAACUCCUCAAUUCAGUAUAACCAAGGUUAUGGCGGCCAGAAACCCCCUCCACCACCUGUUAGCCAGUACCAGCAGCCAGAUCUGCAGCAAGUGCAAAUGGGCACUAACCAACAUCACCAACAGCAGGUGACUCACCACUUACAACACCAUGCCCAACACCCAACCUCGGCGCAUCUCCAACACCCCACUGCAAACGCAGCCGCAAGCGCAAGUUCCCACCAGCAUCACCCACAAUUGAAUGUGCAUAACAACAAUAGUAGUAAUCCAGCUGGCCCCUCCCACCUUCACCACCACCAACAGCAACAACACCACCUCGCUAACCCAGAUGCUAACAUCAUCUAUGCUGGUUUUAAGGAAACAUUGAGAAAACUUCUUCCAGCUCCUCCUCUCUCGAAAACUGAUAUUAGACCAGAUAUAAAUUAUUCGAUCAAUCAGAAGAGAGUAAAGAGAAGAUCCAAGUUCACCAAGGCGCAAGAUGACUUGAUUGUUGCGCUCAAGAAAAAGGGUAAGAGCUGGGUGGAAAUUGCCGAAAUAUCGAAGGUUGGCUCUUAUUUGGCUGCUAGAAAUAGAUACCAAGUGAUUGUGGGUCAACAAGGGAACAACAACUCUCUGUCAUGGGGUAACGAAGACAAGGAUAUCUUAAGAAUGAAGUUAGAUUUGGCAGAAUUGGAAAAAUGGGAAUUUUUGGCUCUGGAGCUUAACAAGGCUACUGGCAAGAAUUUCACCUCCAAGGACUGCCGUGAGGCUAUUCAGAUCUUAUUCUUCAGAAACCCAUUGCAAUUUGGUGUUAAUGAAGUUACGAUACAGGAGUGUGAAAAGGAAUACAAGAUAACAGAAAAGGCGAACGAGCAAGACUACAAGAAUGUAAGCAUACAGCCUUACGUGCAAACGUUACUUGCUAAUAGCAGUGGUGCCUCUGGAAAACCAUUUGAUAGACAACAAUUGCCCCAGCACCAACCACAAAAUCUUCAGGGCAACACCCAAUCGGUGGCUCCUGCUCCUACUAACCAUAACCACCCUGCGCAUGGUCAGGGCCCAGUUUCACAAUCCCAGCAAAAUGCGGCUACUACAGCCAAUCAGGCAGGAUCUCCUCGCCAAAACAGGCUGCAGCCACAAGCUGGCCAGUCUGGUGGGCAUCAGCCAGCGUUACCACACUUCAAGUCUGCCAAUUCCGUUUUCGAUAAUAACGUGGCGUAUGGCUUUGGCGAAGAGUAUUCUUCGUCGAGACUGUCACUGGAGCCGGUAGAUGCUUACAAGAACCAAAUGAGUGGCUACUACUAG